AUGGCAAGUUCGCAUAACGAAACACAAUACCCGGCGAAGGUGAAAAUAAAAGGCGCCCCAGACUACGACGACGCUGAAUUCUGGGACAAAAAGUUCGUGACUGGUCAAGAUGUGGGCGAAUGGCUGAAUCCGGGCGAUGCGCUGCUUGACCAGGCCAUUUCUCAUCUUGAACAAUCGCAGGGCUUACCAGGAGAAUCCCAAAAGGUCAGACGGAGAGUGUUGCAUCUAGGACCCGGCAUCUCGGCCCUCGGCAGCAAAUUGUGCGAUGCAUUUGUUCAGCGCGGCUGGAGAGGUGAUAGUAUUGUUAACGUGGAUUUUUCGUCCGAAGCUGUCCGACUCGGACGUAAACUAGAAGGACAAAAAAACGAGCCCGCCGAUGUGAUGCACUGGGUCCAAGCUGACUUGUGCUCCUGGGACCAGGUCUCGUCCUCUGUGUCACUACCAUUCGCGCCGGUUGAUGCGGUUUUGGACAAAAGCACCUGCGACGCCAUUGCGACAUCAGUCUCGCGAACAUUCCAUUCUUCUACGAGUCGAGACGCAAUAGACUCUACUUUGCCAGCCGCCAGCCCAGUUGUCCAAGAGAUCCUUGAUCAGACACAAGAAGCACAACUUACACUAGCUCCGGUUGAGCUGCUCGCGUUGCAUCUUGCAUCCAUAACGGAAAAAGGAGCAAUCUGGCUAGCCCUUUCAUACUCAAACACGCGGUUUGACGGUUUCACGCAUCUGUCGGCUUAUUGGUCGAUCGUCUCGCGUACGCCACUUAAAGCUCCCUCAGGCCAGACGGCGUCUGCGUCUGCGAUGGUGCCCGAGGUCUUUCACUGGGUUUAUGUUCUUCGAAGAAUAUGA